UUCAUUGUUUGUAGGAUGUUUUCGUAAUUUUUUUAAUGUUUUCUUUUAUUGCUAUCUCACUUGCUCAUGAAGUUGGCACGAACAACAAAGAACUACACCCAAUGUGUUAGUGAGCGAUCCAAAAAUUUCAUUAUUUUCGUUCGAAGACUUCACAUUCAGCAUUUGAAAGUCGCCUAGCACGGAGCUCAAAAAUAAAGAGAAAUAAUUCAAAUUUUUCAGCUGUGGGAAGAAUCAAUUGUUUGCUUAUUGGUAUACAAAGUUUUAGGAAUAUCCUCCGAACCUGCUUGGCGAAUUAACAUUUAAACUAAUUCAGUAGAAGAGCGUGAAAAAGUAUAUAAAGUGUAGCGAAAAAAGUGAAAAAAUCAAUCCAUUUUUGUGUUGCCAGAUUGAAAGUUGGAAUAAAUAUAAGUUCAAACGAAGUUAAUUCGUAGAAUAAGAAAAAAGAAAAUCAGUGUUAAGGAUGAUUUUAGUGAAGUUUAAUCGAAAAAAAUAAUUAAAUUCGAGAAGAAUAUUCCACCUGUCUAAAAGGAAAAAAAAACUUUCUUCAUUCUUCACCCGUUUGUCGCAUCAGAGGAAGUAAAAACAGGAUUACAAUAUUUUACGCUUUACUGCAACGUUUAUAUUCGUUCGUAUUCAACACUUAUAAUUAUCAACAUAUCUACUGACGUCAGAAGAAGCUCAUAACAUAAAAAAGUGAAAAAAAUACACAAAAACUUAUUAUUUAUGAACUAUAAGUGAUGAUAAUAAGGAACAACAAGAAAAACAUUUAAGAACAAGAAGAAGUUUUAAAAAACCAGAAAAUCAAUUGUCGUUUGGACAUAAACAGAUCUUUGUUGCUUUGUUUCUUACUAAAAACUGAAGUGAAUAGCAUCUGAGUUUUAAAUUUAGUGAAAAAUAUUAAUUAACUGAGCAAACAUAAAAACAUAUUAUAAAAAUCUUAACGUCCUUUCUGAAAAAAGAAUAAAGGAAAUAAAUAAAUUAUAAUUAAAAACUGUUCAAACAAAAAAUUAAAAAAAUGGAACGUGAAUCAAAUCCAAUGCAGCCAAUGUGUAGAUCUGGAUGUGGCUUUUAUGGAAAUCCAGCACAGGAUGGCUUAUGUUCAGUUUGUUUUAAAGAUGCUUUAAGAAAAAAACAACAGCCACCAGUUAGCAGCACACCUGUAACGGCCUCAAGUCCUGUCAAUAGCUCUACACAAACUAGUAAUCCUAGCACUGCCAUGCCAUCUCUGAGUAAUCAGUCUACACCAACACAUGUCGAACAUAUAACAGCUCAACCUACUGUGCUAACUCAUAAUAAUCAAACCACAGCUGAUAAAGAAAAAUCACUUCCUGAAGAAAGUGCCGAAUGUGCUGGGCCAAGCAGUCAAGAUGACGACAAGGACGUAGAUGGUGACAAAGAUGCCAAAAAGAAAAAAAAUCGUUGUGUCACCUGCCGCAAGAAGGUUGGACUGACAGGAUUCGAAUGUCGAUGCGGUGGACUGUAUUGUGCAAUCCAUCGAUAUAGUGACAAACAUGAAUGUUCAUUUGAUUAUCGAGAGCAUGGAGCCGCUGAAAUUCGACGAAACAAUCCGGUCGUUGUAGGCGAAAAGAUCCAGAAAAUUUGAAGCGUGUUGAUGAUGCUUUCACGUCACAGUUUAAUCACAGACAACGUCGGUAAAGAUCAGAUCGUGGUGGUGGUGGAAAUCGUUCAGUUAAAAAAAUCUAGAUGUGUUUAACUCCCUAAGAAAUGAAAAUGAAAAAAAAAAGAUUAUAAAACAAUUAACGUCAAUGAUAUGAAGAAACCUCUAUUUCGUAUUACGUGGGCUAUUGAUGUGCCAUCAAACAACUUUUUUUCAAUGAAAUGCAAGUGCAACCGAAUCUUCAUUAUCCUUUUUAUUAAUUCUUCCUUUUGUUUCGUUAUUAAAUUUAAAUCAACUUUCUUUUCAUCUUUUUUUCAAUUUUCUUUCUUUUUGCUAUCAAACAACAAACAAAUUAGAAGUCAACAAAAUUUUCUCUUGUUUAUGUAAAUAAUUCUGUUGAUUGAAACAACGUUGAAACGUUCAAAAGACAGAAGAAGAUAUUUUUGACGGGAAAGGAUAGCAAAAAAAAGUUAAUUUAUUAUAAUUUCUCACCUUCACAAGUAUUGCAAUUAAAGAAAAGUAAAUCAAAAAGAAAUAUAAAAUAUUAGUAAAGAUCAAUUUUCCUGUUUCUUUUUCUUUAAGCAAAUAAAAUUUGAAAUCGAAAUAAAAUUAAUUGGCACUAUGACAUUUUUAAAUCGCUUCAUGGCCUUUUGUGGCGACGUUUCUUAUCAAUAAUACGAUUCUAUCAUCAGCUGGGAAAUAUAACGAAGAAGAAAAGUUAGAUAAAUUUAAUGAUGUACUUUUUAUUAUCAUUAUUAUUAUUAUUAUUAUUACUAUUUUGAUUAUUAAUAAUUAUGCAAUUCAAUGAGUGAAGUAGGCUCAGCAUUAUACAAAAAAAGAAAGAAAGAAGAGCAUAAUUAAAUAAUUAUUAACUGAUUAUUAUGUAAAAUUAUAUUAUAUUAUAAAAGUUUCGUUUUGCGUUUAGGCCUUUUUAAAAAACUUUCACCUCUGUUGAAGCUGUCAUAAAAACAUUAAUUAUAUUAUUUCAAGGAAGUUUCAAAACAUAUACAUACAUUUAAGGUAUAAAAGUAGAGAAACGUCGUGGUUUUCUUAUCUAUCUGAGGGUUUUUACUCGUGUUUAAAGAUAUAAAGUCAUUGUUAAGGAAACUACGAUACUGAAGUUCAAUUCGACAAGCUUGGAAGUGUUGAGAACAAUAAAAAACAUUCCCAAGCAUGUGCUACGAACAGAGAAUUGUCGUCAAGAUAAUUAGAAAAGUGAGAAGCAAUUUGUUUGUUUUGAACUUUAAAAAUUUAAUGCAAUAAUUUACACUACUAAGAGAUCAACAGCCACACACGUUUAGAGAAUGUUUAUAUGGAUUCUUGUAUGUAUAUGAUAUGAUUCUUCGUUAUUAUUAUUUAUCUUCUUGUGUUGACUGCACUUAGCGAAAUGGAAGAUUUUCUUUUGUUUUCAUUUGUUGUUCCCUUCAUAAUGCUUUUUUCUUGUGACGUUAGAAAUUUUUCAAUUUGGGUUCAAUGUGGAUUUAAGGGAUUUUUCUACUGUUUUAUGUUUGAAAAGAAAAAGAAAACAAGCAAACUUUUAACGAAUAGAAAUUAGUAGAAAUACUAUUAUGAAGGAAUUAAACUGAGUGGACAACACAUACACACAACACGCGCUAAAAUGAUGAUAAACACAAAUAUUUUUGAAUAUUUAUCUAUAUUAAGAUUGUGUAAGAUGUGAAGAAUUUCUUUUUUCUGUUUUUCAAUUAGAGAAUAACGCGCCUGUAAACUUCUUCAACUCCUCCGUAUCUAAUUAGAUAAACCAUUUUUUUGUCAUUUCUUUGUCAUGUAAAUAGGAGAAACAAGAAAGAAGAAGGAAAAAACUAAAUUUAAAUAAUCUAAAGAAAAGAUCGACGUAUGGAUGAUAAUAUGAAGAAGAAAAAAAAACUGACUAAACUAAUUUUAAUGUAGAAUAACAAAAGAAUCAAGAAACAAAAAAUAAAAAGAAGAUUUCACACAACAUAAAUAUGUUUAACAAGAAAGUGAAAAGUAAACAACAUACAUAUUUAAUAAGAAUGUUAUGUGAAUAAUCGAUUGUCUUUUGAUUUUAUAUACGACACCAAUUAUGAACUCUGAAUAAAAGAAACAACUCUCGAUAAAUGACAGUUUGAACGGGAAUAAUAAAUAAAUAAAUAAAUGAAGAGUUUAUGAAGAGAAAAUCAAGAAAAAAAACACAAAAAGAAAAACAUUGAAAAUAUAUUUUACCACUUUGUGAAAAAGAAAACAAACCUUUUUAAUCCUUAUUCAUUCUUCUUCGGCGCGUGCAACAUAAAUACAUAAUUGAUAAAAAAGCUUCUUGCAACAUUUAUUUUUACCAACUUUAAGGCGUAAUCGAUCGAUGAUGAUCAUUGCAUAACGUUUAAAUUUUAUUUUGUUUGAUAAAUAAUUCUUAUGUAUGUUUUUUUUCGUGGGAAAAAGCUGAAUUAAACAAUAGAAGUUAGAUGAUUAAAAAGUGAUAAAAACAAUUUAUAUAUUAAAACUAAUAAUGAAUAUAAUAAACAAAAACACAAAAAAAUAUUUUCAAAAAUUAAUCAA